GGAGUAGUUGCGAAACCGUUGUCGGCUCUCUCGAGAGGGGUCUUUGACGCUAAGCUCUUCAUUCAAGCCCAAACAAGGCACGCCCGGUGUGUGAACAAUACUGGCAGCAGAGAGAAUACAAAAAUUCUGAAAAAUGAAGAACGAGUUUGAAAGCGACGGAUCCGUUUACAUCGAUGAGAAGGUGCAUCACGUCGCACGGACGAUAAUUAGGAAACAGGCAACGGACGAUGCUUUCUUCAUUUGUGACGUGCGCGAUAUGAAGUACAAAGUAGACCUGUGGCGGCAAGAGCUUCCACGAGUUACUCCGUACUUCGCCGUCAAGUGCAAUUCAGAUCCUGUCGUUCUGCGAACACUAAAUUCACAAGGGGUCAACUUCGACUGCUCCAACAAGGGAGAGAUUAAAAUGGUGCUGGACAUGGGUGUUACUCCGGACCGCGUUGUGUACGCCAACACCGUCAAGUGCACUUCCCAUCUGAGGUUUGCCGAAAAGCACGGCGUUACUUUGAUGACUUUUGACUCCGAAGAAGAACUGUCUAAAAUCAACGACAAGAAUGCAAGGUUGCUUCUCCGAAUCGCUGCAAGUGAAUACGGCAGUCACCAAACCAUGAACGCCAAAUACGGGAGCUAUCCUCACGAGGUUGAGAAGCUCAUGAAGCUGGCGUUUUUCAAGGGCCUCAACAUCGUCGGAGUUUCGUUUCACGUCGGGUGCUCCUUCACGCAUACAGAAAUAUUUGCUCAGACCAUAGAAGAAGCGAGAGGUGUCUUCGACAUUGGCGCUCGGAUUGGAUUCUCGAUGACCAUGCUGGACAUUGGCGGUGGUUUUCCCGGCGGUGUUCGGAAACUCGAAAAAUUCAAGCAGGUGGCUGAGACCAUUAAAUGCGCCAUCGACGAGCACUUUCCGUUGUCGAGUGGUGUCAAGAUAAUCGGGGAACCUGGACAGUUCUUUGUCACUUCCGCCUACACCCUCGUCACCAAGGUGAUAGCCAAAAGAAGAAAGGACGUCACCAUCGACGGCGUCGCGCAUCGACACGAAAAUGUCUUCAUCAACGAAAGCAAAUACAACUGCAUCCCACGAGACCUGUACCCUUUCAUGGACAUCACAUACAAGCCAUUGUCUCCACCCCACGACCGACCUCGCGAGGUGCUCACGACGCUCUGGGCAGCCACGUGCAACCCGAUGGAUUGCAUUCUGGACAAGCAGCCCUUCUUCGAGGUGGACGUCAACGAGUGGAUGCUCAUGGACAACAUGGGGGCCUACACGCUCGUGCUGGCCUGCGGUUUCAACGGAUUCGGUUUCCCGCCCGUCAAAUACAUCACGUCCGCAGAUGACGCAGCGGUGGUCAAGAAGAUUGUCGACUCCAUGCCUGUGCGAAGCGGGUAUGGCCACCUGGAACAGGUGGUGAAGGUGCGACGCUCGCGGAACAAGCGUCCCCAAGUCGCUUUUGAGCCGAAGGAGAUUUUCGACGUCCCCGAGCGUGCGAAGAUUGAAGAUUGGGCUUAGCUUGCGAAGAUCAUCCGAAGCAAAGGGGUGGUCUUGGGCCAGUUGGUUUAUUAUGUUCGAAAGAAACAACGCCCAAUAAACCCAAGAAUGACAAUAGAUCGAAAAAAAUCGGGUGCACUCAUAACUUAGUUGACAAAAAAAUCUAUUAAUUUAUAAGUUAACGCAAAAGACAAGAUAACAGCGUGAAAAACAGACGAGGACGAAGAAGAAACACACGAGACGAGCACUGUCUGUGUGUCUACUUGAAGAUAAGAUAUCUUCAAGUAUGCACGGGUGUCUAUUCUGAAGAAUUCCAGCUCAGCUUAUGAUAGGGCUUGAGAUGUCUCGCCGACUGGGCUCUUAAAACGAAGGCAUCAUCAUAGCUGCAACAAUACUUAACUUGAGACGUUGUGUUGUGUUCGUCCCCUUCUGUGUUCCUGCGUCUCGGGUUUUAUUACCAUGCAUCAUCAUCAUGUGUCUACCUAAAAGUCCCACUUGGCUGUAUCUUCGUCCCUGUUGUUUAUCGGACUUUUUUUUUUCUUUCUUUUAGCUUUUGAAUUUUGUUUCUUGAAGCAAAGUGUGAUUUUAUAGCUCUUGCAGAAAUGGUUAACCCUGAUGGUCAGAGAGAGGAAAAAAGGGGGGUUUGAGCAAGGAAAUAUUUUUAUUAUCAUUUUAUUAAUAUUAUUAUUAUUUUUGAUGUUAGAAGUUGAAGAUUUAUUUGGUUCUGUUUUGGUCUCCUGACCGCGUGUUGUUUAUUUUUCAGUAUUGUCUUUGAUGUAUAAAUGAUGUUGAAUAAAGACCGAGUAAAUAAA